UAAGAAUGAAAAUAGUUGACAUUGGUGUUAUUGCGAAUACGCAAAAAGAAAAUCAUAUAUUUUAUAGAAAUAUCUAAACACUUUGAUCACGCCAAUCAGAAUUUGUCGUUUAUUGAAUCGAUUAUUGUAAAAUAUUGAUCGAUUAAAAAUAAAAUUGCGUUUCGUUAAUGUCAAAUGUCGCUUGUAAUAAACGCUUAAAAAAAAAAAAAUUAAUAGAUCAAAUAUUUACAUUAGAAAUGGCACGAUUCGUUAUUUCGUAAACGUGUAAUGAGGUUGACUUUCUAGAUAUAGAUGACUUGUUUAGGUAAGAUUAUUUAGCACAAUAUGGCCGUGGCCAGUAAGUCGGUGUGUUUUUGUCAUCGUAAAAUUUUUGAUAAAACGGCGGGAAUGAUUUUUAUUAAUUAAAACGUUUAUCACUGUGCAUUAAUAAUGAAUGGAUUGAUAACAAGAAGGACAAAUAACGAUAAUACGUAUGGUAUAAAUGAAAAAAUUCGUAUAAAAUACAAACAACACUUGUUGGACGAUCGAACAUUGGAACAGGUGGUGAAUUAUUUUCAUGAAGAAACAUAUUAUUUUUAUCUGUAAAAUGGAAUUGAUAUUAUCGAAUCGAAAGAUAAUAAAAAAAUUCGAUGGAUAACGAAAUAAUGAAUGAGCGAAUUAUAUGAAAUAUUUGAGAUUUUAUCAUUUAAUUUAUUAAAUAUUCAUCGAUCGAAGGGUACAAAAGAUAUGUCAUUGUGCAUUGUAAAUUAUUGCAAUGUAGGAUUAAGGAAUAGAUACUUCGGUGAUAAAUGAAGUUAAAAUACAUCUGAAUUAUUAUGGAAGCUGUAUGGAGGAGCUUCAAGUUCAAAUAUAUUCUUAUUUGUAUCUUUCUUACCUUCAUCAUGUCCUGCUUAAUAAGUAUUGUUCCCAUCAAUAUUGACGAAUGUAAAUGCGAAAAUGAUGUUUUGAUUAAGCAAUACAAUACUCAUAAACAAAAUAUUAAAUUGUAUAAAAAGUCUGAAAGAUCAAAGUACAAGUUAGCUAUUCUUGUACCAUUUAGAGAUCGUUUUGAUGAAUUAUUAACAUUUGCAAUACACAUGCAAGAGUUUUUAGAUAAACAAAAUAUAAACUAUCAUAUAUUUAUAUUAAAUCAGUUUGAUAGAUACAGAUUUAAUCGAGCUUCCCUUAUUAAUGUUGGCUUUCUUGAAACUAGUAAAGAUUUCCAUUAUAUAGCCAUGCAUGAUGUUGAUUUAUUGCCAUUAAAUGACGAAUUAUUAUAUGUAUAUCCUAGUAAAGGUCCUUAUCAUAUAUCAUCUCCAGAUUUGCAUCCUAGGUAUCAUUAUUCCACAUUUGUUGGUGGUAUAUUACUUAUUAAAAGAGAGCAUUACAUGCAAGUUAAUGGUAUGUCUAAUAAGUACUGGGGUUGGGGCCUUGAGGAUGAUGAAUUUUAUGUUAGGUUGAAAGAAGCUGGCUUAACUAUUACUCGGCCUCAAAAUAUAUCCACAGGAACACAUAAUACAUUUAAACAUAUUCAUGAUAGAAAUCAUAGAAAACGUGAUAUGAUGAAGUGUUAUAAUCAGCGGGAAGUUACUAGAAAACGAGAUAGAGAAACUGGUUUAAGUAAUAUCUCAUAUAAAAUAAUAAGUAGAAUUAAAAUGACAAUUGCAAACACAUCAUUGACUGUACUCAAUAUUUCUUUGAUGUGUGACAAAUCUAGUACACCUUGGUGUGAAUGUGAUAAAACUAGUGUUUCAAAAGAUGCAAAACCAAAAGAGAAAAAAAAAAUAAUUAAUAAUAAUACUAACAACGAUAAUAAUAAUAAUAAUAAUAAUAAUAAUAAUAAUAAUAAUAAUAAUAAUAAUAAUAAUAAUAAUAAUAAAAACAAAGGUAAAUCCGAUACAGCAUUGUAAUUAUAUUAUUAUUGUACUAAAAAGAAAUUACAAAUCCCAUUACAAUUAUAUUGAACACUGUGUUUUUGAUAAUUUGUAUCUUUAAAAUAUAACGAAGUUUUGUCCAUGCA